AUGGGAGGUACAGAACAAAAGGAACCACAGAAACAAGCGGGGAAAACAUUACAAUCUCAACAUGAGGAAGAUGGUAAAAUAACAGAUAUAAAGACCACCAAACUCAAACCUCCACCAAAAGCACCCCCAACCACACAAGGGAGGAUCAGCAAGCUCCCCACUAAGCCUGAAAACAACAGAAGUGAUAAAGAGACAGAGAGUGAGGAGGAGGAACUAGAUUCAAGAAGCUCAGCAGAGGUGACGGAAGAGGAAUCUAGUAAUGAUGAGAAGGAGGAGGAGCUGGACAGUAACGAAGAGCCAGCUGAGACGCAGGGGAGUGAGGAGAGCAGUGAGGUGGAGGCAUCAGACACUCAAAGAGAUACAGCAAACGAGGAAUCAGACAAAGAGCUUUCAGAGGAAGCCAAAUCCAGAAUUGACUCCGAGGUUGAACCAGUAGCAUCCAGUGAGGAAGAGGAAAACGAGAAGAAAGUUGAAGAAUCUGAAGCGGUCAGCAGUGAUGGGGGUGAAGACGAGGAGAUAACUCAGGAAGGCACGUCUGCAAAGCCAACAGCUGUUAAAGCCUGCAGACAAAGCAGACAGACUCCUCAUCCCUCAAAGCCUGCACGAGGGCCGAAACACAAGAUGUUUAAAAAAACAAAGGAAGAUAAGCAGGCCGAGAAGGCUGAGAAACAAAGGGCCAAAGCAGAGAAGCAGAGGUUAGAAAAGGAAGCCAAACAAAAAGCCAAGGAAGAGAAAAAGAACAAAAAGAAGCCACAGAAAGAGGACAAUCCCAGUUCUGCAACAGAUGAGAUUCAACCACAGAAAGGUCUUUACUUCAACAAGGGCAACACAGCAAGAGGCAAGACCCAGUUUGCAAACAAAACAAAAAGUAUCAACGUGAAAGAUGCCCCUGUAGAAGCUGAUCCAGAUGAGGAUGAGCAGAAGGCUGAACCAACAUUAACCAAAGCCAUCAAAGGCCAAAACCGAAUUAUGCUUCUCAAAGCCAAAGGUAAAGACUACAAAGCCAUUCUGGAGCCUGAGGAGCAGCAGGACACUGGAGGUGUGGUCAAAGUGGGGCCACAGAGCUUGCUCCUGGGGAAGGUCAAGAUGGCAUCUCCUCGACAUAAAGCAAAGCCUGAAAAAGAAUUAGAAAGUGAGGCAGCUGAUGAAGGGUCCAGCAAACCCAAGGAAUGUUUAAUAGCACGAAGAAAAGGUAUGACUACUCUUCACAGAGUAUCUGGAUGGAUUCAGAAGAACAUGCCACGGGGGUUAAACUUGAGAAAGAAGCUUUCUGCUUGUACUAAAGCCAUCGGUGUCUCCCGCUGGCUCUCCCUUCAGGCGAUUAAACAGAAACAAGGUCCCAGAAAAUCUAAGGGCAAUAUCUUCAAACAUAGAAUAGCCAUGAGAGUUGCCAGUAAAAGCAGCCUGGCUAGUAAGAAAAAUAGGAGCUCCUCUGAGGACAGGCUGGCUAAAGAGAAAGCCAGCCUCCAGGGCAUGGGAGGGGACAGAGGGGAAGAAGCGGCACCAGCUGGCGAGAAAGAGAUAGAGGCCAAAUACGCUGUGGUACUCCCCAGGAUGAACAAAAUGGGCAAGGCAAAGACAGCUAUAGUGCCCCUGGCUCCUGGACCUUCUACACCAUCAAAUACUACUGGAUCACCCGGAGAACCCACUACAUCAGAGCCCAAACCCCCGAAACCAUGUGCCAGGCUUGUGCUCUCUGUCAAACCGGAUCUCAGCCACUUGAAGUCUAUCAAGAGGCCCUUACCAGGAUUAACAUCCGCUGGAGAUGUGGCAGAGAGGAGCCCUGGGUCCAGUAGUACACAGGAAGGGUCAUCCAACGCUGAGGAUAGAACUGGGAGAGCCGCCCUGCACAAUCAAGAUGGAGUCAGUGUGCUACAUACUGCAAGAGGGAAAGUGGACACCUCGCAGAUCAGCCUGACCAAGAUGUCCUUGUCAGGAAGAACAAUAGGAGGUGGACUGACUUGGGCCAAAGGACAAGACCCCGAUGGAGAGGCUGCAGCUGGGAUACCGAGGUCCACCACUCAGCCCUUACCCAAUGGGGAGGCACGUGAGGUGAUUUCAGGUGUCCAGACCUUGUAUGAAGAAGAGGCAGACAGAGAAGUGGCCCAGCUGAUGGGUGGUGGGGGUACAUAUGCUAUCGCCCAACCAGAGGUGCACUGGGCUGGUAACCCCCGGAUGAGUGGAGACCCUCAGGACUGGCUGCGUGCAGAGAACCUGUUGCCCCACCAGACGGUAGAGAAGCUAUCCAAGUGGACAGUCUAUGACGAUGGAAGCCAGGCCAGGACAGUUCCUGCCCACAAUGGCAGGGGCCCCUGGGAAUCAGAGGACCCCACACAGGAGAUGCUUGAGAGUCGACUGGUCAAAGCACAGGUUGUGAUGACCGGCCGCAACAUAGCUGUAGAGGUGGAUGAGGUAGAGGAUCUGUCUCAGCUGGAAGAGGUGUCCGAGAGUUCUGUGCUUCUGAAUCUGAAGAAGAGGUUCCACCGUGACUGUAUUUAUACUUACAUUGGAAACAUGCUGCUGUCCAUUAACCCUUUCAAGCCCCUUAACAUCUACACAGAGGAGCUGAGACAGAAAUACCAGGGCAAAGAGCAGCAGAGAAACCCACCCCAUGUUUAUGCCAUAGCAGACGCUGCUUUCAGUCAGUCUCAAGCCUCCACACAGGAGCAGUGCAUCAUCAUAAGUGGCCAGAGUGGUUCAGGGAAGACUGAAGCUACCAAGCUGAUAGUCCACUACCUCAGCACCAUGUAUCAGGGCAGAAACGCCAAACUGCAACAGCCCAUGGAUGUCUUUCCCAUCCUAGAGAGUUUUGGGAAUGCCAAGACCAUCCUCAACAACAAUUCCAGCCGCUUUGGCAAAUACCUCCACAUCCACAUUCGCCAGCCAAUGAGGAGAGGAACUACCAUGUGUUCUAUGAGCUGCUGGCAGGGUGGUGCCUGUGAAUUGAAGGGGAAGCAGGACAAGCAGGACUUCCAGCUUUUGGUUCAGUGCUUUGAGACCAUCGGUCUACAUGCUGACCAGAUCUCAAACGUCUGGGCCAUCCUCUCCUCUAUCCUGCAGCUCGGCAACAUGUGCUUCAGCUCAUACGAGAGUGAGUCGUUUGAGGUGGCUCGUAUCUUCAGCGAGGCUGAGGUCAGGAGGGUUGGCUCCUUGUUGCAGAUUUCGUCCGAGGCCCUUCAGACCGUCAUCACUCACAAAGUCACAGAGACGACCUAUGACAGAAUCUACUGCCCAUUAUCUGUGGAAAGUGCCAUAGAAUCCAGAGAUGCUAUUGCCAAAGCCUUGUAUUCAGUGCUGUUUGACUGGUUGUUGGAGCAGAUCAAUGACUGGCUGAGUCCCACUGAGAUGGACAGCACGGUGGGCAUAGUCGACAUCUACGGGUUUGAGGACCUGGGAGUGAACAGCUUUGAGCAGCUGUGUAUCAACUUUGCCAACGAGCAGCUGCAACACUUUGUCAACAAGGCACUGAUUUCCCAGGAGCAGGAGGAGUACAGUGCAGAACAGAUCCAGUGGUAUCCAGUGCCACUUAAGAACUUCCACUCCUGUCUGGAGCUGAUCUCCUCCAGGCCACACGGCAUCCUCCGCAUACUGGACGAUCAGACCUGCCUCCCACAGGCCACGGACCACACCUUCCUCCAGAAGUGCCACUACCACCACGGGAACAGCCCCUACUAUGCCAAGCCCAAGAACCCAAUGCCAGUCUUCACUGUCUAUCACUAUGCUGGACCUGUCACUUAUCAGGUUCACAAUUUCCUGAAUAAGAACCACGACCAGUUCAGGACAGAAGUGGUGGAGCUAUUUGCCAGGAGUCGGUUAAAGAUGGUGUCGGAGUUGUUCCGUAAGGUUCAGGAUGGUUACAUUCAGCAGCGAGAGCUUGGCUGGAGAGGGAAGGGCCUCCGUCAGCAGCCCUCUACUGCUGCCUCACACUUCCUUCAGUCCUUGACUGAACUCAUCACCCGCCUGGAGAGAUGCAAAACCACUUUUAUUCGUUGUCUGAAGCCAAACUACAUCAAGGUUCCCGGCAUCUUUGACAUAGACUAUGUGUCGGACCAGCUGAGGUAUGCUGGGAUGAUGGAGACCAUUCGCAUCAGGAAAGAGGGUUUCCCCGUACGGAUACAGUACUCCUACUUUAUUGAGAGAUAUGGGGUGCUCCUGACCCAGCGGUUGGGUGAGGUGUCAGACAGAGAGCAGACGAUGGCUCUGCUGGACAUGUUUUGUGCCGAGGAGGGACAGUACCAGCUGGGACUCACCAAGGUGUUCCUGAAGGAGCUUCUGUAUCAGCAGCUGGAGGAGAAGUGGAUCAGCACCCAGACCUGGGCUGCCAUCACCAUCCAGAGGAACAUCAGAGGCUUCCUCUGCAGGAAGAACUUCAAGUUCUUCAAACAGAAAGCCAUUGUGAUCCAGAGCCACAUCCGAGGACACCAGGCCAGGAGGUACUAUAAGCGUCUGAAGCAGUCCUUCACCCAGUUCUGGGCGGUGAUGAUGAUAACCAGGAACACCAUCAAGAGACGCCAUUGGAGGAAGGAAUUUCACGAGAAGAACCAAGUCAAAGCGGUGGCAAAGACUAAGUCUGUCUCUCCGGGAAUGGAUGUGGGGAUGUUGGAGAUCCCUGCUGAGCUGUCAGCCAGACUUCACAGUGCAGCAGCGCGGCAGCAUGAUCCAGGGGUCACACAGGUUGCACGUCCUCAGGUGAAGGCUGAACACAACCUCACUCUGCCUCUGGAUAUAGACAGAUACCCAUUCUCUCGCUAUGCCAAGUCCAUAUUAAAGGAUACAUGGUGCCAGCCUCAGGGAUACCCCCUCCAGAGACCCCUCACCUCUCUGGAGCCUGAAGAUGCCAGAACUGCCCUGGAGAUUUAUAAAUUGAUUUUGCGGUUUACAGGUGAGUCAGACCUCAGUGGCUGGCAGGAGCAGAUGUUGGGUAACUACAUAGUCGAGAAGGGUCAGAACCGGCCAGCCUUGAGAGAUGAGAUCCUGGCCCAGGUGGUUUACCAAAUGUGGGGCCUGCAGGAGAAGGACAAUCUAAGGGGCUGGCUGCUGCUGGCCUGCUGUCUCAGUGCCUUCACCCCCUCACCAACAAUGGACAAACCCCUGCUCAAGUAUGUGUCUGAUCAUGGUCCAGGAGAGUACCGCUCAUUGUGCCAACACAAACUGCUGACAUCUCUGCAGCUCCCAGCUCCCACUGCCCGCAUCUACCCCCCUAUACAACUAGAGUGGACCACCAACCAGAAGAAGGGCUCCAUGCUGCUGGAAGUACACACCUUCAAUGAUGAAAAACUGACAACUGAAGUAGAAUCAUGGACCACAGGAGAGCAGCUGGCCUCAUGGCUUCUUCAAUUCAGAGGUGUGUCGGAGGCAGUGCAGGGUUGGUCAGUGUCUCUUCUGACAGAUGAAGGCUGGUCAGAUCUGGCUGGCUCAGACUUUGUCAUGGAUCUUCUGGCUGGAGCUGAAGCUGAAGUGCUGCCACCACCAGGGACUCCAUCCUCUUCAAACUCAGACUACCUGUUUAGCAGCCCAGUAGACAGGAUGCCAAUUAUAGAUCAGGAUUAUUUCAUCCCACCAGCACCUCCUAUGCAAGCUCCUGCGCUGCCUCCUUUUGAGGGAAACCCCUGGGGAAGAGAUUAUCCACAGGAAGGCCGUGGUCGACAGAUGGAUGCCUACGUUGAUGACUUGUUUGAACCUGUACUGGACCAAGAACCUCCGGACAUGGAAAGAGUAGCCAUGUUAAACCGCAGGAUGAGAGGAGGAGGAGGGAUUGGACCCAUGCAGCCUGGCAUGUAUGGAGCUGGUAUGCCUAUGACAAUGCCAAGCUAUCCUAUGGCAACUCCAGUUAACCCAUCAAUGCCCAUCUAUGGUGCAACUCCCAUGAUGCCAACCAUGCCAACCAUGCCAGCCAUGAUGAUGCCUCAGACUCCCAUGGCUGCCCCCCCUGUCACUGACCCCAUGCAAAUGGCAGCAACACAGGCCCUCAUCAACCAGCAGGCCUUUCUCAUGGCCCAGCAAAUGACCAUGCAGGCAAUGAGUCUGUCCCAGCAACAGACACAAGAGCAGCAGAGGAAGCAGGAGCAGCAGAAAAAGAAGGAGGAGCAGCAGAAAAAGAAGGAGGAGCAGCAGAAAAAGAAGGAGGAGCAGCAGAAAAAGAAGGAGGAGCAGGAGAAAAAGCAGGGGGAGAGGCAGCAGAGACGUCAGUCUGAGCGACGGUCAAGGGAACGCUCGCCCUCCCCUCAAACUCCCUCCCCCCCACCUGUCCGACCCAAAGUACCUGCACCUAAACGCACUUCCAGCUACAAGCAGCCUGAACCAGAGCCAGAAAGAACAGUGGAUUUGCCAGAUCCAGAUGACCUGCCGUCUUUCAGGGACAAGAGGGAAUACUUCCAGAAGAUUGGCACUCAAGGUGAAUCCAAAACCCAAAAGCCUCUGCCAGCACCCAGCAGCCCACCCAUACAGCAGCAACGCUCUCCAUCACCCCCGCCUAUAGCACGUAAGCCUGAAGUGAAGCAUCUCUGUACCCCUCCUGCUAGAGAAGCGGAUCCCCCAAAAGUAACACCUGCACCAGCUCCUCUUACUAAGCCCGAACCCACAUCCAGCAUCCGGGAAAUCAUUAAACAGUAUAACAGCCGACCACAACCAGAACCCAAACCUUUUGAACCUGUCAAACCUCCUGUACGACAUUUUGUAAAGAAGAAUGACCCCAAAGAAGAAGCUUUGGCCAAACUCAAAAACAUAGCACCAGUGCCACAAAAGAAGCCGAUGCCUCCCCCGCCACCAGUCAAGGCUAAGAAAGAGCAACCUCCUCCCAGGACACCCUCCCCACAGGGUCCCCGCGUCAUCUCCAGCAACAUGAAGCAGAAACAGCGCUCCCUGGAGGACAUGUUCGGCUCACAGCGCUCCCAGCAUCCUCCGCCUGCUCCCCCCGACUUCCAGCCACCUCCUCCACACCCAGAACCCAUCCUUCAGAACAUUCCAGACCCACCGCCCAUGGCUGCCCCAUCACUUGAUGUGAUGCCAGAUGAGGAGGGCAAUCACUCUCAGCUCCACCGCUUCUUUUCUGACGUUUACUUCUCUUACUCCAACAUGCCGGGAAAACUGUUUCUGCGAAAAGAAGUGUUUUACCCCAAAGAGAUGUUCAACUGGCCCUACAUCCUCAAUCUGUUAUGUGAACAGAUUAUGAGGGACACCUACUCAGACAGCUGUGUGAGAAUCAGCAGAGAGGAGAAGAGGAAGAUGAAGGACCUGCUGGCUAAUUUCAAUGUGGGAACGACUAUAAGCACGAUCCAGAAUGACAACAUGAAGAAGAGAAUUGUCAUUGCCGCUCGAGACAACUGGGAAAACUACUUUACCCGCCUGUUUCCUGUUAAGCCAGGCAGUGGGGAUGCUCAGGUUCUGGGUGUGUCUCAUCGUGGAAUUCGUCUCCUGAAGAUCGUCAGAGCAUCGGGUAUCAACCCCAAACACCUCCGUCUGCUCAGAAGCUACAGUUUUGCAGAGUUGCUGUCAGUUGACCUCCAGGGUACAGACAGAGUGGAACUGGAGCUAAAGAAUGAAAACUUGGUGCUGCAGUCAUCCAGAGCUCCUCAGAUCACUGCCAUGGUCCGAUUCUUCCUUCAGGAGCUCAUCAGGGACUCAGGAUAUGUGGUAGCCCUGAAGAGUUUUGUGACAGAUGACAAAAGUCUGCUGAGUUUCAGCAAGGGUGACAUCAUCAAAUUGCUGCCAAUGGGAGGACUUGAGACAGGCUGGUGUUUUGGCACCAUGGGAGGGCGCUCUGGUCUUUUCCCAAAGGACCUCACCCAGCCAUCUGCGGCCCCAGACUACCACUGUCUCCACCUUGACCGAAGAGAUACCAGGAGGAAAAGCAUGAGGGGUGCUAAACCUGUCAGUCCACCCAACGGCUCAUCUCCAGGUCCCGUCAGCAGACACAUGGGCAGUGCUGAUUCAGAGCAGCCCAGCAGAGAGGGCUCGCUCCAGGGCUCGGUACCCUCAGUUCAGGGCUCAGUCCGCGAUUUGGAGGUCCUCUCAGCCAUGGCUGAGUUUGCAGUGAAGUACUUUAGAGUGGGAACUACCGGUCUGCCAGCAAGUGGAAGGAAUUUUGUAGAGGCAGUUCAACACACACAGGUCCCCAUACAGGAGUCCCUCAUUUUCUACAAUGAUCCUGAAAUCAAAGAUUUAUCUGUCCAGUGCUUCAUGAAUCUGAUGCAGUUCAUGGGUGACAUGCCAUUAACGAAGAACAACACACAAUCAGACUGCCUGAGGAACAUCUUACUGUUAGGGAAGGAAAAUGAGCUGAUGAGAGAUGAAAUCUACUGCCAGAUCAUCAAGCAAACCACCAACAACCCAACCAAAUCCAUCUGUACUCUCGGCUGGCGGCUGCUCAACCUGGUGACUGGGUUCUUCCCCUGCUCUGGUACUCUGCAGCCCUCUGUCACACAUCACCUACAUGACAUCUCUCAGGAUUAUGAACACCCAUACCAAGAGCUGGCGUGUGUGUGUCAGGAGAACCUUCAGCGAUCUCUCAGUUUCGGUGGUCGCCGUAACAUCCCCUCUCAAGAAGAGAUGGAGGCCAUUCUAGCUGGCAAAACCUCUCGACGUAUUCCCAUCCAGCUGCCAGGAGGAGUGGAUUUCCCCAUCAAGAUCCGCAGCUUCAGUAUGGCAUCAGAUGUAGUAACAGAGUUCUGUAAAGAAAUGGGCGUCUCAAAUCUCUCAGAAAUCAAAGAAUUCUCCGUCCUCGUCAACCGACGUCAAGAUGGCAUUGUGCGUCCCCUCCACGCUGAAGAGUAUCUGUUUGACUUCCUGCUGGAUGAUGGCUCCAUCUACUUUUCCCUGAGAAGAGUGAUGUGGCGAAACCCUCUGUCCUUCAACAGUGAUCUCUAUUUGGAGUUCCACUACCAGCAGCUCCUGGGUGACUUCCUAAGUGGGCGGCUGAUGCUUGCUCCUGUUUCAGGUGGUUCCGCAUCAGUCCAGCACAUAGCAGAGCUGUCAGCCCUGCAGCACCUGGCUCGGGGACUGAAGCACCAGCCCUCACUGCCGGAGAUAAAGGAGUACCUGCCCUCACAGGAAGGGCUCAACAGUAAAGUUGAGGAGAUCCUCUCCUUCUGUCAGGGCCAGACAGCUGCCAAACAGUCCCUCAGCCCUGAAGAUGCCAAAAUACAAUUCAUUGAGUUUCUGAGCAGCCUGCCUCUGUUUGGCUCCAACAUCUUCUUGACUCAGAAGGUCAGCCAGCGCGGCUGUCCCUCCCCAUGCAUUGUCACUGUCAGCCAGGAGGGGUUGCUGUUCCUUCACCCCAAAACACAGGAGCAAGUGUUUCUGAUUCCUCUGGCAGACGUGCAGUCCAUCCGCACCAUCCGCCCCAAGAAACAAAGCAAAGUGCCAGCUGUGGACAUUAGUUAUGGCUAUCCAGGUCGUACCAAAAAAGUCACCAUUCAUCUCAAACAGGCGAAGGAGAUGUGCCACGUCCUUGCUCUGAUAAUGGAAGAAAUAAUCCGACCAUCAGUCAACAGCUCCAUUUCAAAUCGCUACUAGACACACACACACACACACAGUAUAGUGCUGUAGUUCAGAUCUGGCUUCUGUAACUGUCUUUUGUGUUUUUCCUUUUUUAUUAAUUUAUGAGGUUUGUCUGUGUAAAGUCAUGGAUUGUGUGCUACUGUUAAGAAGGGCUGAAUAGAAACAUAAAUAUACACACGCGAUGCUGAAAAAUCUCUCCAGUGAUAUCUUACAGGACAUACAGAGCUGACAUACUACUCUGAUCAAAGAACAAAGGUGAAUGGAGGAGGGAUUAGAGCGAAGUUAUUUGUAUGAACUCUGUUCACUCUGUACUUCAGAAAUGGUUCCAUGAGUGUAUUCAAAUUCUGAUUCACUUGUUGAAAUAUUAAGUUUGUUAAUCAUUGUUGAAAGUUUGUAAGGUUGUCAUG